UCAGUGCAGGAAGUUCCAGAUAAAGUGGAAGAGCUUGUCAUCAAUUUCCAUGAGAAGGAGAGGAAAAAACUAGACGCGUGAUUUAACUGUUGAAUAUUGUGCGGAGAGCUAUCACAUAAGAAUUCAUUUUUCGAGAGAUGGUGGAGUUCGAUCAUAAACCACUCGAAUAUGAUGCGGAAUUUGAGGGGCCUCUUAGAAGACGCUCGUGCACGGAUGUUCCAUGUCUUGUUAUAUUUCUGGCGUUCAUUCUGUCCUGGGUCGGUCUUGGAAUCUAUGCUUUCUCAUCUGGAAAUGUGAAAACCCUCCUAGCUCCGACCGACAGUGAAGGUCGACGAUGCGGACUGGAUGCACAAGUGUCGAACAAACCCUAUCUCUUUUUCUUCGACCUAACAAAAUGCGAUAUCGAUAAAAAACUAUGUGACACGCCCCAAGUUUGUCUGGAAAAGUGCCCGGGUAAGAACUGGAUCUUCAACGCGUCCGAUUCUCUGGAACACAUCAGGGAGAGCAUCAUUUGCAGGGCGGGGGUGGACGUUACCAAUAAGGAUAUCAAUGAAAUUGAGCAUUUGAUUAAGGUGACAGCCUGUGCCCCAAUGUAUUUCAAGGGAAAGUCCAUCGUUCACCGGUGUUUUCCCUUAGACCUUGGAACCGAUUUUAUCGAUGACAUUCUCCUGGCCAAACUGAAGAAGUCCGAGGCCAUUAUCAAGUCUCUGGCGUACGUCCAAGGAGUUUUCGAUAAAGUAAAAUCGUCUUAUGGAGCAGUCCUUGGGAUUAUCUGCGGUGGAGCCGUGAUGUGCAUCAUCUACAUGCUCUUGCUGAGAUGGAUCGCACUACCUGUCGUCUGCAUUACGAUAUUCGCUGUUUGUGCACUGCUUGUCGUCCUGGCAUGUCUGAGUUAUCAAGCAUACGCCCAGACUUCAUCAGCCCUCUGGUUAAUAGCUAUGAUCAUUAUUAUCUGCAGUAUUGCUGUGAUUGUGUUGGUGACGCUGUGCAGUUGGCAGAGAAUUUAUCUAGCGUCUCAACUGAUCAAAGAGGCCAGCAAGGCCAUAAUGUCUGUCCUCAGCAGCAUAUUUUUCCCAAUCAUCCCCUGGCUCUUUCACAUCGGCCUCCUCGUCUACUUCUUUUACGUCAUUUUUCUUCUGAUGUCCAUUAAGAAAACGACAUUCGCCGUGCAAGACUCGCCCAACGGCCUUCCGGAGAGCUGCCAGUGCCUUGGAAACAUCAACUACACUUCCGGUGACUCCUGUGAACCGAAAACAUUCGACUCCCAAUGCAAAGAGAGGGGAGAGAUCUGCAUUUCUCGGGUGUGUCGUCUCCAGAGGGUUGUCACUCCUGCCGGAAUUGUUUGGGCGUAUUUUAUACACAUCAUCGGGGGACUCUGGCUCGGCUUCUUCAUCUCAGCUGUCGGGGAUAUGACACUUGCCAAUACUUUUGCUACUUGGUACUGGACAAUUAAUAAAAAUGACGUCACGUUUUUCACGGUUACUAUGGGCUUCUGGAGAACGGUGAGGUUCCACCUGGGCACAAUAGCCUUUGGCUCCUUUCUCAUAACAGUUUGUCGAAUCUUCCGCCUAGUCAUGGAGUAUCUCCAAUCCAUGUCGGACAGUCCAACGGGUGGCUGUGCCGCAUGCAUUCGCUGCUUCAUCCCAUGCCUUCUUGCCCUCCUGGAGAGAUUCGUCAAAUUCAUGACUGGAAAUGCCUACAUAAUCUGCGCAAUCUACGGGAAAGGGCUUUGCGACUCCGCCGAGGUAGCUCUCGGCCUUGUCAUGAGGAAUAUCCUCCGCACCUCCAUUCUGAAUCAAAUAGUCAGUUGGGUUCUACUCGCUGGGAAGGUCCUAGUGACCUGCAUGAUGGUGGCGAUAGCCUGGUGUCAUUAUAGAAAUCAGGAUGAUCAGUUUUGGUGGGCGCCGACACUUCUGGUAGGUGUAGGCACUUUCCUAGUGGCCUCGGUGUUCUUUAGUGUUCAUUCCAUGGCAGUCGACACCAUCUUCUUGUGCUUCCUCGAGGACUCUGAGAGGAAUGAUGGGUCAGAGGAGAAGCCCUAUUUUAUGACACGGCCAUUGGCUAAAUUAUUGAAUAAAAAGUGAGGGCUUGAUCAAGUGCUUUGAAUCAAUAGUUUCAUCAAGCGGUUCUUGACAGAAAAGAACUAGUGUCUGAAGUUAGUUCUCUUCAUUAUUAUUAUUUUUUUUAUCCUAUUCUAUUGACACGAUCACUUGUAUUGUACCUCAACCAAAUCUUUUCUUGCAUGAACGUAGCUUCACGCAUUGAAUUUCUGUGGUUUCCAUUGUUAAGUUAUGGAUUCUUCAAUAUUGGCAAAGGAAAAGAAACUUUGGGUGGAUUAUAAUUUAUGUGCCUGUGUCGACUGAAUGUACACGAAAAUUGUGAAUGUUUUCUAUUGAAUAAAAAUAAUAUCGAAAAAUCUUUUCGGGGAACGA